CGUGUGUGCGUGCAUGUGAGUGUCAGGGUGCUUUAUCAGUGCAAGCCAGCUGUGACUUCAUACACGCUCAUGCCUCUGAGUGACUUAGUAGCACAGUCUCACCAACCACUCCUGCCACGAACACACGCAAAGAGUUGACAGUAAGGAUGAGGGGGUUCCUGCCAUGUGUGACCCCACUACUGGGUCUUCUCAUCUUGUUGACCCCAGGGAGGGUUCAAGGGUCAUCAAGCUGUCCCCUGUACUGCUCCUGUCAUGGUGCUCAGGUAGACUGCAGCAGCCGUGCCCUCACCACCUCUUCCUUACCCUCCCGCUUCCCUCCUGCCACCACCGAGCUCCGUCUCCAUGACAACCAGCUGACCACGCUCCCAAACAGCCUUCUGGACUUCCUCUCCUCCCUCCGCUCCGUGUCGCUCCAUGGAAACCCCUGGGCCUGUGACUGCGGUGUGCUCUACCUGCGUGCCUGGCUGCUCCGACAACCUGCCAGCUACACCAGCCACAGCAACAUCACCUGCAGUUCCCCUCCCCGCCUGCGAGGGACGCUGGUGGUCUACCUGGCUGAGGAGGAGGUGCUGGAGUCCUGUCACUACUGGUACUGUGACUUGGCACUGGCCUCCCAGGUGUGUUUGUUUGUGUUUGUGGCGGUGCAGGCGGGGCUGCUGGCUGCUGUGGUCGUGUUCCUGAGGAGGUUUGAGAGCCUGUCCCGCGAGGCCCGGUGGACCACAGAGGAGAGCUUUGCUGGGGGGGAGGGGCUUACGAGUAAUGAGUAUAGUGAGCCCAUGAAGGAAAGCAUCAUCUGACGAGGGGAGGGGAGGGAAGGGCCAGGUAGGCAAGGAGAGAAAAGAGAGAGAGGAGACACUUGAUGGGGACAAGCUGGUGAGCAAUAAAAUGAUGGAGCCCUUUCAGGUCUGUGGUAAGAAAAGAAUGAGGAUGAGGAGAAAAGGGCUUGUUAGAUUCACUGGAAACAGGAGAUUCCAGAGAAACUCGCAGGACAAGAAAUGAGGCUAAAUCGAAGUGGUUCUGCAUCUAUUUUCAGAGACUUCUUGCAAUGUGUUUGUUGGUUACAUCAGUCAAUAACACUGUUAGAAUAAUAUAUCAUGCUAUGAAUCAAUAGUACAUAGAAUAUUACAUUUAAUUUACAUUUAAUAAUGCUGUUUUGUGUCAUUGUUUUAAAGCUGCUAUUUAUCAUUUAUUUAGAUAGCAAUAAUAAAACAAACAAUUGUAAAUGGGUGCAUUUUUAAAGGUUUCGGAUGUAUAUAUACUUAAACAAAAAUAUAAACGCGACAUGCAACAAUUUCAAAGA